GCACCCUCCCCCACCGGCUACCGUUGCAAGCUUCCGCCCUUCCCCAUUGAUUCGCAAACACCGCAGAACCGAAGACACUCAUGGCGGAGCAUUUGGCUUCGAUAUUCGGGACGGAGAAGGACCGAGUGAACUGCCCUUUCUACUUCAAAAUUGGGGCGUGUAGGCACGGCGACCGCUGCUCCAGACUCCACACCAAGCCCAGCGUCAGCCCCACGAUCUUGCUCUCCAACAUGUACCAGCGACCCGAUAUGAUCACCCCGGGCGUCGACGCCGAGGGCCAGCCCAUCGACCCCCGCCAGAUGCAGAGGCACUUUGAGGAGUUUUAUGAGGAUUUAUUUCUCGAGUUGAGCAAGUAUGGCGACAUUGAAAGUCUGAAUGUCUGCGACAACCUAGCCGACCACAUGGUGGGCAAUGUGUGUGUUCAGUUUAGGGAGGAAGAACAUGCUGCAAAUGCGCUUCGGAACCUGAGUGGAAGAUUUUAUGCUGGUCGUCCUAUCAUUGUUGACUAUUCACCGGUGACAGACUUCCGUGAAGCCACCUGCAGGCAAUAUGAGGAGAACACAUGCAACCGUGGUGGAUACUGCAAUUUUAUGCACCUGAAAAGGAUUGGCAGGGAAUUGAGGCGUGAAUUAUUUGGGAGCUAUAAGAGAAGGCAUAGCCGCAGUCGAAGCAGGAGUCGCAGCCCUUACGGGCAUCGUAGCUAUGAAGAGCGCUCUCACCGUAGCCGGGGUCAUAGCAGAAGGUAUGAUGAUGAGGAUCGCUAUCCUGAAAGCUGGAGCCGGAGGAACAAGACUGUAAGCCCUGGUCGAAGGAAAGGACGCAGUAGAAGUAGAAGCCCUGGAAGAAGAAGAAGAAACCAGAGUCCUGUUAGAGAAGGAAGUGAGGAGAGACGGGCAAAAAUUGAGCAGUGGAACAGGGAAAGAGAACAGGAUGAAAAUGCUAGUAAGGUCAAUAUUGACCGAAGCAACAUUAAUGGGCAUGCACAAAUGGAACAACAGAACAAUGGCCGUGAGGAACAGCAACAAUAGCAACUUCCAGAGAAAUGAGGGUGGUGUGCAGGUUCAUUCUGUGGUUUGAUGGUGCAGUGUUUCAGGAUUCAGGAGAAUGUAGUGGUUAUUCGACGUUUCAGGUUUCAUUUCGAACGACUGUUGUAGGUUGUUUACUGUUGGUAGUUGUAGUAGUAGUCUAAUUAUGGUGCAGGUUGAGUCUGACAACCAAAAUCUCUCAUCUUAUGUUGUUGAACGAGUUGGUUGACAUAUUUGAGAUUUCAAGGAUUAUUAUUUGAUGUUUUUAGUUGGAAUGAUCUAGGGACGGAGCCAGAAAUCUUUUUUAGUGGGGACAACCGAAAACAACUAAGAAAAUCUUAUUAUAAUAUGGUUAUACACAAUAUGAUAUUAAGGAUGAUUUCAAAUGAUGAUGUAUCACAAUUCCAAUGUUACAAAACUUUGAAUAUAGUAGUGGAAAGUGGCAAAGUGAUGAGAAAAAUAUAAAUACAUGAUAGGCGGAAGAGGGUUUUUUAGGUUUGAAUGACAGAAUAAGAGCACUAUUGCUCAUAUAAUAUUUGAUAUGGAGUAUAAGUAGAAUGAAUGUACGUUGGAUAUUAGAUACAUAUAUUUUCUUCAAAGAUAAUCCGUGUAUAUUAUAUAAUUGUAGUUUGCAGGGCAUCUGCCCCCAGUGAGCCUUUGUUGGCUCUGUCCAUGGAAUGAUCAUAUUAAGUUGUUCGGUUUCUGUUUUUA